CAGCACUAUGUAUGAUGGCACUGUGUAACCACAUGAGGACAGUUUUUGCAUUUAUCAAGCAUUUUAAAAAUGAAGUGUUAUUUUUUAGAGCAAAUGUGAAAUCAGAAUGCAGGCUUCCUGUUUUAGCUGUUCGCUCAUAUACUAUUCCUUCGAUCCUCCAAACAGAAGGACAACAAGUUGGAGCAAGUUCUGUAAAAGGAAAGAAAAUUAGCAAAGCUAUGAAAGCUUACUUGGAGAGGGCACUAGAACAUGAUGAAUUUAUGAAACACCAAAGAGAAGAGUAUGAGUUUGGGAAAAGACACCUGGCAAACAUAAUGGGUGUGGAUCCAGAACACUUCACCCAGGCUGAUGUAGAUCAAGCAAUAGAAUAUCUGAUGCCCUCAGGUUUAUUUGAGAAGAAAGCUCGACCAGUUAUGAAGCCUCCUGAGAAAAUUUUCCCCAAAAGAAAAGCUGCAGAAUUUGAUGAGAGUGGCAGGCCAUUUCAUUUUUUGUUUUAUACUGGAAAAGCAAACUUCUUUCAGACUCUAUAUGAUAUUGUAGAGAAGAUGGAAGAAAUCAACAACUUUGAAGAUCGAAUGUUACGCAAAGGAAUCAGGGAACCUCCAGCAGAAUCCAGAGUAAACCUUAGUGGAAGUACUUGGGUGACAAAAGAAGGUUUGGAAGAGUUGAUCGUAGAGAAAACAAGUGAUCAAGAUUAUGCAACAUUUGUGAGUGCUAUUACAAAUUUGGCCGAACAUCCAUAUUCGUAUCGUGUAAAAGACUACUUCAUGAAAUUUAGAAUGGCUUUAACGGCAGCAUCACUAAAGCUUGAGAUUUUACCACUUGAAUAUGAUGCAAACAAUCGUCCAUAUGUCAAAACUACAGGAUAUAGAAAGACAUCCAAAGCUGAAGUACUAGUUCAAGGAAAUGGAACAGGCAAAAUAGAAAUUAAUGGCACUGACAUAGACUACUUUGACAGCACACAAGACAGAGAACAGUUACUGUUUCCACUUCAGUUCUCUGGGCUUCUGAAACAAGUGGAUGUAAAUGCUGUUGUUAGUGGAGGAGGUACUUCAGGACAAGCUGGAGCCAUUAGACAUGGGCUUUCCAAAGCUCUCUGUAGCUUUUUAUCCCCUCAAGAGGUGGAGUUUAUGAGAUUAGCGGGUUUGUUAACUCGAGACAGAAGAACACGAGAAAGAAAAAAACCAGGACAAGCUGGAGCCAGAAAGAAGUUCACUUGGAAGAAGAGGUGAUGGCCACAGUCAUAUAUAGUAAUGUAUUUUCUUUUAUCCAUUGUGACUUGUAUCUCAAACUAAAUGAUGUAAUUUAACAUUGUUUUUGUAGUUGGUAUGUACGAACACUCAGAGUAAUAAAAUUAUGAAACCAAUAAAACUUGAUUAAGCAAGAUA